AUGCGAGCAACGAGCUCAUUCGCUAAUGACUUUGGCUCGACAGCUCACCUCGAGGUGGGAAAUCUGGCGCCACGUACAGCAAAUACGAAGGUGGGAAGAGCACACAAGAAACGCCGACUAAUACAUAUCGGAUCCUCGCCUCCGCCUUUCACCACAGGCCUUCAUCAUCAUGGAUGCAAUAAGUUGGACCGCACAAAUACCGCGCUCACAUCUCCAAAAGCAACGCGGAAGAGACGAGCAGCGGCAGCACCGACCAAAAAUCCUCUCGAGCUUCGCUCUUCUUCACCAGCUUCGCCUCCUCCUGACGAGCCACUACGCCUUGGAUGGCUCACAGCGGCUUCACGGGAACUACAACCUCGCGCCAGAAGCCAAGUCGAUGCAGCAACUCAUUCGGCGAGUCGAGACUUGCUUCAACGCAAGCGACAAUUGGAUCGAAGCGACCCAAGCUCGCCGAUUGGCACCUUUGGUGGUCAAGCUGUUGGAAGAUCCGAUCGCAACCUUGGACCAUCUCGCUUCGGAUCAUCCGACCCAGCGAUCCUGGCUCGUCACCCGAAACGCACCGUCGGCCUGCCGGUGGUAGAGCAGCCUACACAAGCUCGUUCGCGGCUUCGUAGCAAGGCACUUCCGGCGCCGGUCGUGGACAACGAGAAUGCAGAAGCGCCAGUACAGCAGGCGCUAAGGACGGAGGAGAAGGUCGCAAAGCUGAGGCGGCGUAGAACCAAGAUCCAGCGUGUGCAGUUCGGGAACACUCCGCCCUCUUCCUCAGCACCGGAUCAGCCGCUCAGCGAUGCGGAUCAUCAGCUCAUCUCACAACCUGACGCAGCUGAACAAUUGCAGCCUGGCCCCUUUGACGCAGCCGACGAGUCAGAGAUCAGCUACUUUCCCACGCUUCCUCGUGUGCAACUUCGUUCGACGGAGGAGCGGAACGCUGCCGGUACAACAAAUGGUCAAGUUAACUCCACGCCACCGAGCCGUAUCUCGGAUCGCCCACCCUCCUUGUUUGGUCAAGACUUUACCGGUGCGUCUGCGUCCAACUCAUCCAGCCCUAGCAAUGCUGCAGGACAUGACCAAAGUUUACCUCCAGAGAACGAACAGGCCAGCGAAGGCGACUCAAGCGUUGGACUCCUCCAAGUGCUCUCGCAGAGCGCCAUGCGGAGGGUCGAAUCUGCUCCAACGGCCGGGAUCGAAACACUACAGCAGCAAAGUCGGGGCGUUGCCGUCAAUCCACAAGUGCAGGUUGACUUUGAUGCCUCCCAUUUCACUAGCACACAAGCUGAGCAUGUUGCCAACUCCCUGGUCGGAAGCAAGUCAAAACGAAAGCAGUGGCUGACAGUUGAUCCGGACUCCAUUGCCAAGCGCCAAGCAGUAAAGCUACUGUGUCGAACGCAUUCCUACAAGGUCAUUCAGACAGGGUGGCGUCCACCAUCCAGUUGUCACGUUGCUCGAGACUUGGCCUUGUCACCGGCGCAAUUGACAAGGAAGCAUGGUUGCGAAGUUCUCGAGUUCAGCCAUCAUCAUGCUCGAAGUCCGGAUCGGGAAUCACGGAGUCAAGAUGACGAAGAGCUUGCGCCUUUCGAGCAUGGUCCUCGCUUUGUUGGGUAUCGACUUGAACGAUCCGGGUCAAUCACUGCGGCAGGUAGUCAAGGAGGGACCGCGAGGUGGAUAUCACAACUACAGCCCUUUGACGCCGAAGCACUGCACAAGCGAAUGCAAUCGCGUCGCAAAGAGGUCGUCAAGAUCAUAGUACCCUUCUCUGAACCAUCACUGUCAGCGCGUGCUACUCGAGCUUGCUUCAUUGCGCCCCAUCAGACCGCCGCUUCUCAAGCACGUAGCUCAGACAACGACAUGAAGCUUGUUUGGAUGCAGUCCACAGCCCAACGCUUUUUUGCGGCACUCGAGGCCAUGUUGCAAGCAGGCCUCGCUCGAACGGCACAGACUCAAUCAUACCGCGUCGACUCAGACGAAGCCGACUUAUACCCAUACCCUAUCUUGCAUUACGUCGCACAUGCUGGCUCCAACAACAACAAGACCGGAGCAUCAUAUCAUAAUGGUCAAAAGACAAGUACGCCGUCCUACGUGGUCCUCUACGUGCAUCUCGACAGGAUCGCAGAGGCACGACAGAAGCUUUCAGCCCUUGAACUCGGCCAUGAUGCCGACGAGGCGAGUCGAUGCGGCAGCUAUCGGCCAUUCAGCGACCCAGCACUCCGUCUGCUCGUAACAAGUAUGAAGGGAGAACCACUAUGCUUGAUCUAA